AUGUCUCGCUCUACGUCCAGCGUUGGGGCGAUGACACCUGCCACCACAUCUGAAGCCGGACAAACUGACUACUGGCUCGAUUCCUCAAGCGAAGGCAUCAACACCCCAACCUCAUCGGAGUCAGGCGACAACACCACUACAUUCAUUGGUCUUACUCGCAAGUCCGAUCCUCACCACGACGGUAGAUACAUCAUCCUUGAUGUCUCCCGUAGCCGUGCUCUAACAUGCCACGGCGGACAUCUACGUCUUGAGGCAAUUAAUUUAAACAAUCCCCACCGACACGUGUCAGAGCAGGCGCAGUGGGAGUGUAACGAAAGGGGUGGCUUCAGAGGGUUCAAGAACAUUGCUGAGGGGACCUUUUUGGGACACGACAUUUGGUGGGACUUCUACGCGAAGGUCUACCAUCACAAGGGAUGGGAAGACUUUACUUUGCGUGGACGUGAAGGUGGCCUGUAUUUAAUUCAAUCUCUCGAGUGGUGGACACAGAGGCAGGUUUCUGCGAAGGAGGAUGGAAGCGGUUUGUUUCGACAGGAUGAUGGAGGUACUUUGUGGGAAUUUGUCAAAGUUGCGAACUGA